UGCAUCUGCAUAAGUGCCCUCUCCAGCUUAUCAACCAAGUGAAAGGAUUUUUAUUCUUUUAUUAUUAGCUAUUGAAGUUUGGUUGCAGAGUGCAUUUGGCUUGGAACACAACUCAUUCAUCUGAUUGUUUCAUUCAACCUUACACAUAUUUAGGCAAAGUGAUUUAGAUUUCUCCUUUGUCUGCCAUUAGUGUGGGAUGGAUGCUGGUGAUAGGACUUGUCAGGUAGGAGAGGUUAGGUAAGGAGCUGUCAGUAAUGUUUACUGAAUGCACACAGGCAUUCGCACAGAUGUUUUCCUCUCACUGAAGCAGUACUCAAGCCACUUUGAAACACACUGUGGCCUGAUACAGAUCUAGAAGCAACAUUUACCAAUGAUAGAAACUUGCCACAGGAUGUUGCCACUGAUGACAGCACUUGCCCAAAGAGUUUGUUGACUGCAUUCCUUCCCAAUCCCUGGGCAGACUCAGCUGCAGCAGCCCUCCCAUGGCUGAAUGCAUUAGGGCUGACUUUGGGAAGAGGUAACUGAAUCAAGAAUUGCUUUUAAGCUGCUUUUAAGCAGCUUCUGGUUUUAAUUGACAAUGAGGUCAAGCUUCUGUAAAUUAUCCUACUUUAAACACUUCUGGGGUUUGGGUUUUUUUUGUUUUGUGUAAAUAUUGUACUUAGCUUGUGAAAUUGAUUUGUGAAAAUCUUAAAUUUCAAUAAUUUUGUAGGUAGUACUGAUCAAAUUAACUGGAUGUAAGUGGCUAUUUGCCUCUGUUGUCCAAAUAUUCCGUUAAUCCCUAGAAUAUGCUCACCUGAGGUGUGUAGUUGAAUAUCUCACAGGCAGAGAAAUGGGGAAGGCUAAAAAGCAUGGAUGGAAGGAUCAGUCCUAAUUCUAAAAGUCCCCAUUAAACUUGUUUUGUGCAAAUAAAAGGGGUGCGGAAAACAAGAUUGGGUUCUUUUUAUGGUAUAAAGCCACAGAAGACAUAACAAAGCUACUUAAUACUCUCUCUUGAAUUGGCUGAAGUAGAUAUGUCAGGAUUACAGGCUGUACAAAUCUCUAGAUGUACUCUGUGGGCUGUUUGGUCAGGUGGUGGGAUUAUAAAUAGGUAGGCUUACUGAUGUCAGCAGCAGGGGAAAGGAACAACAGCGAGCUUGCCAUGCCCACACUCACACCCUCCCUUCUACCUCCAUAUGCUAUUGAGGGAAACCCACCUGAUAUUAAUGGAGGAGAACCACCUGUGCUGUCGUGGGGAAGAAAAUCUAAAGCACCACCUCCUCCAUCUGAAACAAAAUCCAUUGCUGUUUCUUCGUUUGAUAACACAGAGCCAAGCAACCUCAUCAUGGAACAGAAAGAGAAUGUAAUCGAUAAAGAUAUUGAAUUAUCAGUGGUCCUGCCAGGAGAUGUGAUCAAGUACACUACAGUUAACGGGAGGAAGCCCAUGAUGGACUUGCUGAUCUUUCUCUGUGCACAGUAUCAUUUAAAUCCAUCAAGUUAUACCAUAGAGUUGGUAUCAGCAGAAAAUAACCAGAUUAAAUUCAAGCCCAACACACCAGUGGGAAUGCUUGAAGUGGAAAAGGUCAUUGUAAAGGCAAAACAAAUGGAUAAGAAGAAACCUGUUCCAGUUAUACCAGAGCAAACAGUAAGGGUAGUAAUAAACUACAAGAAGACACAGAAAACAGUAGUAAGAGUUAGUCCACAUUCACCCCUUCAAGAACUCAUACCAACUAUCUGUAGCAAAUGUGAGUUUGAUCCUUCACACACUCUGCUGCUGAAGAGUUACCAGUCUCAAGACCCCCUUGAUAUGACAAAAUCUCUUAAUGAUCUUGGACUAAGAGAACUGUAUGCCAUGGAUGUCAGUCAAGCUGCAUCACCAGUUGAUUUAAAUUUACCAUCUUUUCAAGGCUCCUACCAAUCUGAAAACAUAGAUGUUCUGAAGGAGAAAGAAAACAAAGGAUUUUUCAGCUUUUUUCAAAGAAAUAAGAAGAAAAGAGAACAAGCUGCCAGUGCCCCAGCAACUCCAUUGAUGAGCAAGCCAAGGCCAACAUUUAUCACGAGGUCUAACACAGUCAGCAAGCAGUACGACUCCAGCACUCUGCCAGCUGAAAUGCCAAAGAAAAGGAGAGCUCCUCUGCCACCCAUGCCCACGUCUCAGAGCGCCCCCCAGGAGCUCACACGAGCCCAAGUUGGAGCUACAGCUGAUGUUGUGAAAUCCAACAGCUUUGAUAGCAAUGAGCAGGAACCUUUGGGGAGAGUAAGAAAAGGCUCCGUGCGGCUCUGCGACGCCGCUCCCGCCGGCUCCUCCGUGCGCAGGGUGAAGCGCAAGGCGCCCGCACCGCCCGCCAGAGCACCAGAAGAUCCCAGUGAAAGCAGAAAUGAGCCUGUAACAGAGUCAACAGAAUCAGCCUCCACUAAAGCAGAAGGAAGAGCCACUGAAACGAAGCCUGAAACAGAUGUAAGGAACUCAGAAUAUAACCUAGAAGAAAUUGAUGAAAGGGAAGAGUUAAGUGUGCCACAGAGAGAGGACAGUGGAAGUACCAAUACCUCUCCUGGGAUAGGAGAGGUUACUGCAGCCUUCAGCUCUGCUGAGGUACCACUGGAAGCUGACAAAAACGAUCCUGCUUCAUCAGCUCCUGUUCCUGGCACUGUUCCCAUAGACAACUCGCAAAGCUUCAAGGAAGAAAAACAAGAAAAUAUGAGCACAGAUGGCAAAGGACUACAGACUAAGAUAAGCAGUGAGGAUGCUGGAUUUCAAACAGACAAGCUUAAAAUUUUAGAUCAAAAUAAAAUUGAUGAUCAAAGUGAUACAAAACUCCUUCCAACAACAGAAGAAGGGAAAGAACUUCAGACAGCUGAAAUUAAAACAGUAGAUUUUAAAGAAAAUAACAAUCUUGAAGUUGACAGACUAUCAAACUGCCAGGCAUGUAAAAAUGACAUCUCUGUAAGUCAUAGGAAUUAUCCGCAACUGAUUUCAGAAAAGCAAGAUGACAAAACAAAUCAAACUGGCUUGGACACAGUGAAAACUCAGGAUGUUGGAAUCCAGACUUUGGAUAGCAAUUUGGGAAGGACUGCGCAGAAGGAAAUUACUGUUCCUCAGGGUGUUGAAUCAUCCACAUUUAAAGAACUGGUCCCUCCACACAACAAAGAUAAGAACAACUCCUCUGUUCAAGUGAUGCAUGGAAUGCAUCAAGAGAGUGAAGAUACUUCAAUAGAACCAAAUCUUGAGAUGCAAGAAGUUACCUGUAAAAAAGUAAUUCCAACAAAAGACCAGAGUCACAUCUGUAUAAAUGGCAGUGUUUUUGCUUCACCAGAAACAACUGCUGAAACUCCAGAUGACUCUCCUGUAAAAGGUCAGCCCUUUUAUAGACAGGACACCAAACCUAAACCCAAACCUGCUAAUGAAAUUACAAGGGAUUACAUACCAAAAAUUGGGAUGACUACUUAUAAGAUAGUGCCUCCAAAAUUCUUAGAAAUGAUGAAGAGCUGGGAAUCAGAAGUUCUGUCAGAUUAUAAGGAUCAAGAGGUAUCUACUUUGGAAGACCCCAAGGAAUUAAUAGUACAAACUGAAAUUCCUCGUCUGUCAAAAGGUGUGGGUCCUUUACAGGCUGGUUCACAAAAUGAAGCUGCAGCAGCAAACGGUCUGCUGCAGAGAGUGAACAGUGUUUCUGAACAUACUGUGACCUCUGGAGCUGAGACUACUACUGAGAGCAACCAGAUGGAAAGACAAUCUUUCCAGCAGCAUGUCCCACUGAUGCUGAACUUGGAUAAUACAAAUGCUUCUUCUGAGACUCAGGACAAGUCAAAUGCUUUAAGUCCCUUAAGUCCUACAACAAAGCCUAGUUCUUUUUAUCUGCAGAUGCAACGAAGAGCUUCAGGUCACUAUGUGACAUCUGCAGUUGCCAGAAGCACAGUUUGUGCUCCUAAUACAAUUCAAAAUGAAGUUAAGAAUACAGAGAUGGGUAAAAAAAUCUCAUCACCUGAUUUGACUUCUUUGGUUUCACAAAAAACAAGUAUUCCCUCUCCUCCUGCAGAUCAAGAAAAAGUUGAUGAUGGAAAAAACAUUGAAUCUUCCACUUCUCCUGUUAAAAGCAAUACACCUUUAAGUUUUUCCUCCUGCCCUCCAGCACCGUUGAAUCUAAAAACUCUCAGAACUUUUGCAGUUCCAAAGCCAUACUCUAGUUCAAGACCAUCCCCUUUCGCUCUUGCUGUCUCAUCUGCAGUCAAAAGGUCACAGUCAUUCAAUAAGACACGUACAAUCACUAGCCAGGCACCGAGAGAGGAAUUGCCAGUGGAACUCUCCUCUGUCCCCUUGGCAGCUGGAUUCUCCUCAGCUACCUCCAUGCCUGAAGUGAAAAGUCCUUCCCUACAGACCGUAACAGCGGGGUCACAAAAUAGUCUAAUGGAUAAGAAAGGCAGCCAUGUGCAUAGUGAGCAGAAGAGUCAGGCACAGUCAGGUGCUUCCCCUGACCACCCACGCCCUGUCACCAAGAGACAAACCGCGAUGACGCUCCCGCGCGCUGACCCCGAACAGAUCCACCAGAGCUUGCUGGCUGCAAUCCGCUCUGGGGAAGCUGCUGCCAAAUUGAAAAGGGUUGGUCCUCCAUCAAACACCAUAGCUGUCAAUGGAAGAGCCAGGCUUAAUCCUUUGUAUUCCACAGAAUCUAAGGCCAAUCCCUAGAUAUUAUACCAAGUAUUUUGCACUUUACUACUGCUUCAUAGGCCAACUUAAUACUAACUACAAAUUUUUGAAAGUGUAAAUGCAAGUGUAUGUUAAUAUAUUUUUGUCAACCGUUAUAACAAUUUCAAGCUGGGUCUUUUGAUGCCUUGAAAAGAUUAUUAGAAUAUGUAAAUUAUAGUAAUAUUUUUGCCUUUUUCUCUUUAUAAAGCUGACUAUGCUGCUAAAAAGUUUUAAGACGAGGUAUAGGUGAGCUUUGCUUAUGACAGAAUGAGAAUUGAAGAUUCUUGAUUUUAGCCUUCAAGACUGAACAAUAUGUAGCGCUAUGCUGAAAUUACAGAUGGGAAGCAACCUAAAAGUUGUAGAUCCAAUUAUUAAUUUUUGAUUAUGUAUUACUUUAACAGAUUGUAUGAACUUAAAUCUACCACAUGCUGCCUCCAUAUUACUUUAUUAAAUUAAAAUUGUAAUUAGUAGAAAUUUUAAUUCAAUGCAAUACUUUGUUUCUGUCUAAAAAAACAGAUGUUUUGUUCCUCUAGCAGACAGUUAUUUGGAUAUGUAUUUUGAUUUUUUUUAUCCUCCUGUAAUGUUUUUUCCUGGUAGCACACAUACACAAAAAAAUCAGGACAUAAAUUAUUGGAAACUUCUGUACUACUCAAAACCUUUUCUUAACAAUAGCACUACAUGAUGUUUCUCAACUACUUUUUAAAUAUCUGUAUAUAGUAUUUACCUAGCACUCAGAUAAGCAAUACUUUUUGUGAAUUAAUUAUAUCUUUAAGUAGUCAUCAGCAUGUAGUUACUUAC